ACUUUAAGGAGGCAAAAGGACUGACGUGGAGAAAAAGAGAGAUAGAGAGAGAGAGAUAUCAGCAUUAAACAAAUGAGAGAGAUUAUAUAAGAGAAAUGAGUCGACGUUUUUGAAUUUCAACAGCUAUAAAUUCUCUAAUUUCCCUCUGUUAAUUUCCAUAAAAUUCAAUACCCAUCUCCAAAAACCUUACCUUUUCAAAACCCAGAUCUCAGUUUCUUUCAAUUUGAUGAAAAUUUUGUUCCUUUUGAUCAAUCUUUAUACUUCUCUGUUUUUGAAGUUCUGUUAUUUUGUUUGGCUGCCUCAAGCGACAGGAACUUGUGUUGUUGACUUCUUUGUUCAAGAAUCAGCCUGAAACUUCGUUCUUUUGCAUCUUUCUAUCCUUCUGUCUGUAUAAUCCUCUUAUGAUGAUGGUCUUGUAGCGAUUAAAUUACCCAGUUAUUGAAAUUUUAUUUUUAAUCCAUUUAUUUAUCUCAAAGUAAAACAAACACAAUCCCAUAAUUCCCUCCAGCUUUCCAGGAAAAGAUUUGUCUGAUUCUCUUAUUUUUGAAUUCUGUCUUCAGUGUGUCCGAUUCUUAAACUAUCCAGUUACCACCUCUGAUUCUCAAUUCAAUUUCCUCUGUUUUCUCUGUUUUUAAAUCCAUUAAACCCUUCAAAUUCUCCAUUAAAAUUCCAACAUGAAAAUUCCCAAAGAUAGAAUCAGAUUCAAUGUAGGAGGCAGAAUCUUUGAAACAACCUCAACAACUUUAGCUAAUGCAGGAAGAAAUUCAUUUUUUGGUGCAUUAUUUGAUGAUAACUGGUCGUUUAUCAUCAAUGAUACGAAUCCCAAUAGUGAAUUCUUUAUUGAUAGAAAUCCUGAUUGUUUCAGUAUCCUCCUUGAUCUCCUCCGCACCGGUGAUCUUCACAUCCCUUCUCAUGUCCCCGAAAGAAUGCUUCAUAAAGAGGCCGCAUUUUAUGGUCUUUUAGACCAUGUAAGAUCAGCCAAAUGGGGUCCAUUUGAUGGCAAUAGGCUCCGUCAUUCCCGGUCAGUGACCGGUCGGGCCCCGGGGGAUGGCACUGCCAUUCGUGCUGGGCCAGAUGGUGGGUGCUGUGUAGCUCACGGUAGCAUGGUUCAUGUGUAUGAUUGGAUGAUGGAAGAACACCCACCAAUUAAUCUUGAUUAUCAAAGAGUUAAUGAUGUGGGUUGGAUUGAUUCUGAGAAUGUGAUUGUUAGUGCUUGUGAACGAUUAGGCCGUGGUGAUGGGGGGAUGGGAUUGUUUAGUAAGAGUACUGGGGAGUUGAGGUAUAAGUUUCAAGUUUGUCAUGAAAAUCAAUUUAAGAGUUAUACAGCUGGAGCUUUGAGUACUAGUUCUGAUUAUAGAAUUUUUACUAGUUGUAAAGGAAGGAGCAAUGAGUAUGGUAUUGGAGUGUGGGACCAAAUUACUGGUAAACAGAUUGAUUUCUUUUAUGAGAGUCCAGGUUGGUCAUUAGGUGAUGCUGAUAAAUUGCAGUGGUUGAAUGGAAGUAAUUGUUUGUUGGUGGCUACUUUGUUUCCUAGAAAGGAUAAUUGUUACAUUAGUUUGUUGGAUUUUAGAGAGAAGAGGAUGGUUUGGUCUUGGUCUGAUAUUGGUGCUCCUAUAACUGUGGAUGAGAAACGAGUUCGUGAUGCUAUAGCUAUGGAGGAUUGUAAUUCUAUUUGUGUGGUGAACGAGUAUGAGGAUUUGGGGUUUAUGGAUUUGAGAAUUAGUGGAGGAAGUGUGAGGUGGAGCUCAAGGAGUCGACUGAUGAAGGGGAAGAUGCCUGAUGAGCCUUGUUAUCCCAAACUGGCAUUACAUGAGGGACAGUUGUUUUCAUCAAUGGAUGAUUGCAUAUCUAUGUUUUGUGGUCCUGACUGGGUAUUGACAUCCAGGCUUCGACGGAGUUAUGGAGGUUCAAUUUGUGAUUUUUCGAUUGGUGGAGAUCGACUCUUUGCACUUCACAGUGAGGAAAAUGUCUUUGAUGUAUGGGAGACUACACCUCCUCCAAUUAUAUGAUUCAGCUUAUAAGGUGUGCUUGGUUUUGCAGUUAAUGUUUCUUACAUUUAGAUAUAAGUUCUUUCUCACAUAUUUUCCCCCAUAAUUUAUAGAGGAUAGAAGAUGGAUUUCUAGUUAAGCUUUUAGGUUAGAUAAAAAUAGCUAGGGAAUGGAAAUGUUUUAUGUGUAUAUAGCCUUCAAAUACCAUGUAACUUAGAGCAAUGAGUUUGUAUGGGUUUUGCCCAUUCUCCCAGAAUGAAACUGAUUGUCAUUAUUACAGAAAUGAAACUGCUUGCUUCAAACUAAUGUGAAGAGAAGAAUUUUCAA